UUUUAAUUGAAAAUUUAAUUUAAAUCAAAAAAGAUAUGAUUGUUAAAAGUUUAAUUUAUAGAAGUUUCUAAUAGGUUAGUAGACUUUCAAUUACUAACUCUUAUUUCAUAGCAAAAGUCAAUAGCAAUAAGCCUAAGUUAGAGAAAUUUAGCUAGAAAUUAGAAUCUAUUUCUGGAAAAAAAGAAGAUCCUAACAUUUAAGCUACCAAGCCUUCAAAAAAACAACAAAAUACUCAAUAAUCUUUUAGAAGUAGAGUUAAUAAUAAUAUAAGAUAAAAAUAGAGAAUUGAAGAAAACCCAUUCAAAAGUGUUUAAGAUUAAGAUCUUGAUUAAUUCAAAUAAGAGGACUUAGAAUAAUUUGAGUAAUUUUCAGAAUGUAUUGAUCAAAAAAAGUAUGAGUAAGCAGCUAUGAUCUUAUAGGAUAUUUUAGAUAAUUUAGAAGAAUCUAAAGCACAUUCAGAUGCACUAUAAAUGCUAGAAUUGUAGAAUAGUUUAUAUUUAUAUAGUAGAAAAUACUUAGAUGCCUAUUUAGUUAGGUCAAAUAUAUCUAAAUAUAUGGAAUAUGCCCCUACUAACUAUUAAAAAGAGGAAUUGUAAAAUCAGGUCAUUAAAUAUUUUUAUCAGCUAAUCUUUACACAUUAGCUGCAAGCUGAAAUGGAUUUAGAUAUUUUAUAUAAAAAUCACUAUAGAUAGUUGCCUGAAGAGAAAAAGGCUUUAUUUGAUCUUGCUAUAGCUGUAGGUCACUUUAUUUCACCUGAUAAAGAAGCAUAAGAAAAAGGAGUUAGUUUCAUAUUAAAUUGCAUCAAGAAUACUUAAAAUAAGCAAAUAUUAUCAUAUGCAUUUUAUAAUUUGGGAGUGUAUUAAUUUUAAUUACUUGAAGACCCUAAAAAAUUUAUGGAAGAAGUCAUAUAAAAUGAAUAAACUUAAGACGAAAUGAAAAAAAGAAUUUAGAAUGUUAUGAAUAAAAUAAAUUAGAAGGAAAAAAUAUUGAUUAGCGAUUUAUCGAAUUCUCUUUAAAAUAUAUUAACAGCAAUAAACUUAAAUAAUUUAAACGUUUCUGUUUACUCUAUUUAAGAUAUUUUAAAUAAUAAACAUAAUCUGAUACUUUGUGAUAAAUUUUCCACCAAAGCAUUAUUAUUUUUAGCUUAAAACUAUAACUUAUUUAAUAUUUAAAUUGCCAAAUCAUUAAGACUUUAAUUAAUGCAUUUUGCUUAUUAAAUUGCUACUCAAAGAAAGCAGCACUAACAAAAAGCUAAUUUUUUAUAUGCAUCUCUAUUUGCAGAUAUAUAAAAACCUGAAGAAGCUAAAAAGUUGCUUAUGUAAAAUCUACAAGAUACAUCUGAUCCAAAUCAAGAUCCAAUAAGAUAUGAGACGCUUUAAUUACUAAGUUUAAUUGAUUUUGAAAACAAAUACAAAUUUAAGAAAAUGGCAAAGGAAGUAAUUGUAAAAGAUAAUUUAUAAUAUUGGUGUCUUAAAUUACAAGAUUUUGAAUUGUAACCUCUCCAUAUAAUUCCUGAGAGCGAAUUAAAAUUAGUUUCUGAAGAAGAGCUUAGUGAAUAUAAGGAUUAUUUAGAAGAAGGGGAUGGUGAAUCAGAUCAGUAUUAUACAUCUGAAGGUGAAGAAAGCGAAACAGAUGUAGAAGUGGAAUAUAUUAAAAAGUGGGAAAAAUAGCUUGAAUAAGCAGGUUUAGAUAUAAAUAAAUUAAAAAGUAAUUACUUAAAGUGAAUCUGUGAAAUAUUUUUUAUUUAUGUUUCUCAAUUUUCUUAAAUUAAAUAAAAACUAUAUUCUAG